AUGCCGAUGCAACCUGUCCUCAGGAUUUUCCACCUCGCCAUAAGAAUCCUCGAACGCCUCCCCAAGUAUGAACUCCGACCCCGCGGCUCGACCAUUACCUAUGUCCCGCAGCAUUUUGUGUCCGUCUGGGGGCUGGUCUGGGAGCGGGUCUGGGAGCGGGUCUGGGAGCGGUUUGCCGCUUUGCCCGAUGGCGUGCUGUCAUAA